CGUAUAGUGAUUGCGAUAGCCGGAAUGCCAGGCUCAGGCAAGACACAUCUGGCUAAGAAAGUGACGGCUCGUCUGAACGAAAGAUGUUCAGAAUUGUACCCUGGUUCUGGACCUGUUGCUGCAUACUGUCCCAUGGACGGCUACCACUGGCCGCGGGCUGUCCUGGAUACGUUCAAGGACCCCAAGGAGGCCCACGACCGACGGGGCGCCCCAUUCACAUUCGACGAGCAGUCGUUUUUGAAACUAGUCCAGUCAUUGCGGGUGCCUCUCGAUAAGUCCAAAACGGUCCCCAUCUACGCACCGUCAUUCGACCAUGCGGCAAAGGAUCCCGUGGACAAUGACAUCGAGAUCCAGCCCGGCCACCGGAUUGUGGUGUUUGAGGGCAACUACGUCUGCCUCGACGAGGGCUCUUGGAGGCAGGCGGCAGACCUGAUGGAUCUCCGCUGGUUUGUGCAAGUGGACGAGAAUAUUGCGCGGAAGAGGCUGGCGGACAGGCAUGUGGUUGCCAAGAUUGUGACGAAUAGGGAAGAUGGGCUGAAGAGGGCGGAUGGAAAUGACAUUCCGAAUGGGCAGCACCUUGCAGCGCACAAGGUGCCCAAUAUCGAUGAAAUCGUGUUUAGCCUGGAGGAUGAGGAGUGGGCACCGGAGAAAGAGGACGAGGAAGAUAGGGCUCAGCCAUAA